AUGGGCGGGAGCACGGAGCGGCGCCAGGCCCGGCCUCGGGCAGCCUCCCAGAAACCCCCGGAGCCCUCGGGGGACGACGCCGCGGCGGGGGAGUCGUCGGACGGCGCCGCCCGGCGGCGCGCUCCGUUGAAGCGCCCGGCCCGCCCGUUCGUGUCGUCGGGCUCGGACGCCGCGGCGCAGAGCCUGGGCGCGAACGGCGGGACGUGCCUCGACGAGCUCCAGUCCCUCGGCGCCGCGAAGAUCAGCCGCCUCAUGGCCUACGGCAUCGACACCGUCGAGGCGCUCGCCAAGGUCGACGUCAAGGACUACCCGAUGGUGAGCCUCAUCACGGGGAACAAGCGGCCGGACCGCGCGAGCACGACCAUCGCCAAGUGGCGCGACAUCGCCCAGACCUUCCUCGCGCGGCGCUCGAGCGGCCACGUCGCGCCGUCGUCGAAGAAGCGGAGCAAGACGCGGCACCGGUCGCGCGCGCCCGCGCGCGCGCCCCCGCCGGCGCAGCCCGCGGCGACCGCCGCCGCCUACGAGUUCCCGGCGCCCUUCGACGCCGACGACGAGCUCGCCGCCACGGACGCGCUCCUGCCGCCGGACGCGGAGUGGACGGCGCCGUUCGCCAACUUCUCCUCCGAGGUCGGCCGCGGGUCCUUCGCGGUCGGCGCGGCCGAGGAGGAGACGCCCUUCGCGCGCGAGAACUCGGGCAGCGACGGCGAGGGCAAGUCCGACGACACCUUCGAGUCCUCGGUCUUCGAGGACCCGGCGCCCGGCGAGAACGCGGCGCUCGCGCGCGGCGGCGGCGGCGACGACGACCUCGCCGUCGACUCGUUCUGGGCGCCCUUCAACGGCGAGGUCGACGUCGCCGUCGACGCCUUCGACUUCGCGGGGGGCGAGCUCCCCAGCGCCGGCGAGCCCUUCGUCGCCGUCCAGCAAUGA